GGCUCAUUUGAUUGGAUAUUAUCCAAGCGAUAUUUAAAUAUUUCACAUAAAUUUUCCUAGUUGAAUAGAGGGUUUUUAGCUAUGGCAGAAAAUGGGCGAAAAAUUUUAGUAGCAAUCGAUGAAGGAGAUGAAAGCAUGUACGCACUCACAUGGUGUCUCAACAAUGUUAUUAGUGAGCAUUCCAAAGAUACCCUUAUCCUCUGCUACGUCAAACCACCUCGAGCUGUCUCCACAGCCAUGGAGGGAACAGUAUGGGCAUUUUCUCCUGAUGUAAUGGCGAGCAUCGAGAGGUACAGCAAUGGUGUGGCUCAGUGCGUGAUUGACAAGGCGAAAAGAGCUUGCAAGCACUUGAAUGAUGUUAAAGUGGAGAUAGCGGUGGAGCAGGGAGAUCCAAGGGACAUGAUUUGUGAAUUGGCUGAGAAAUUGAAUGUGGAUAUGUUAGUGAUGGGAAGUCAUGGUUAUGGUCUCAUUAAGAGGGCAUUUCUUGGGAGUGUGAGCAAUCACUGUACGCAAAACGCGAAAUGUCCAGUUUUAGUAGUGAAGAAGCCCAAAUCAAAUGGCAGCAAUGACAAACACUAAUAAUUACAAAGCUGUUAUUGGUUUGCAUGUACGGAAGUUGAACUUCCUUUUUGAUCAAGCGUGGGGUCCACUUUUGUUUUCCACUUUUCGUCCUUGUUUGGGUUCUGUAAUUUGGUUCCUGUGGUAGUGAGUUUUCUAGGGCUUCGUUUCUUGUCUUAUUCAACUUAUAGUGGCUUUUGCUCACUUUUGCUUAUGCCCAAUUUUUGUUCAAAAAACUGUCCUCGAGUGUUUGACGUCCAAAAUGUUCAUAAAUCUAAGCUUUUCGCU